CACACAAAUCAACAAAUUCAUUAGUAAUUCAAAUUUGUAUUUAAAAGUUCUAGAAUAUGCGGCUGCUGGUGCUCUAUGGCAGUCAAACCGGAACCGCCCAGGAUGUGGCGGAGCAGAUUUGGCGGGAGUCCCACCAGCUGGGCUUCCAGGGUCCUGUCCUCUCUUUCGAGGAGUACGAAAUGUCCCAUCUGAUCGAGGAGCGCCUCGUGGUCUUCGUGGUGGCCACCACCGGCGAUGGAGUGGAGCCAGACAACAUGAAGAUGGCCUGGCGGUUCCUGCUUAAGCGCAGUUUACCAGCCCAAUCCUUGCAAGGAAUGCAGUUCGCAUGCCUCGGCCUCGGGGACUCCAGCUAUCCGAAGUUUAACUAUGCAGCCAAGAAACUCAGUAAGCGGUUGCUGAAUCUGGGCGCCACAUCCGUGUGCCCAGUGGGUCUGUGUGAUGAUCAGCACGAUUACGGACAUUUGGGCGUAUCUCUAGCCUGGACAAAGGAUCUAUGGGCGACAUUGAAGGGCAUCUCUGGUCUGGACGAAAGCAAGCUCAACAGCAGUAACCAAAUAGGAAAGUGGUUCGUUAAAGAGUUACCCAGGGAUUCCCUUAAUACUCCAUCGGAAACCCUGCUCUGGACACAAAAGCAACCUUCCCACUCCUUUAAAAUCAUUGAAAAUCAAAGGACUACGGCGGAGAACCACUUUCAGGAUGUACGUUUCUUGCGACUACAAAGCCAAACUGAAGAUUUAAGCUGGGAACCCGGCGAUGUGCUCGAUGUUCAGCCCCAAAACAGCGAUGAUACUGUCAAAACAUUCUUCGACCUAACCCGCGAACACAAACUGAAUUUCGAUGAGAGCACUGCCGUGGAGAUAACCAGUGCCCACCUGGACAUGCCCCUUCCCAAAGCCUACUCCAUUCCACUAAGCCUCCAGCAGGCAGCCAAAUAUGUUUGGGAUUUGAGCGCCAAGCCGCGGCAACGAUUCCUCGAGGUCCUGGGUCAGAAUUGCAGUGAUGAAAUGGAAAAAGAGAAGCUUCUCGAGUUCUGCUCCGCCGAGGGUAUCGAUGAUCUGGUGGCCUAUGUAAACAGACCUCGGCGCAGUCUCCUGGAGGUUCUGGAGGAUUUCCGGCAUGCCACCGCCAGUUUAACGCUAGUGCAGCUCUUUGAAAUGAUGCCACUGAUCCAGCCUCGCAGCUUUUCCAUUGCCUCGGAUGAGUCCUCCCCAACUUUGGAUUUGCUGGUAGCUGUGGUGGAGUACAAAACAAUUAUGCAUACACCGCGGCUGGGUUUGUGCUCCAAUUGGCUUAAAAAUCUGGAAUCGGGAGCAGAACUGCGUGGAGUGGUCAAAAAAGGAACCAUGGUCUGGCCAAAGGACUUAAACAUUCCACUAAUCAUGGUCGGACCUGGCACGGGCAUCGCUCCAUUUCGCAGUAUCAUCCAAAAUCGAUUGCAUGCUCAAUCAACAGGUUCCUCCAUUGGUCCCUUGAUUGUCUUCUUUGGUUGCCGGAAUAGGACAGCUGAUUACCACUUUGAAAAGGACUUCUCCACGUGGACCACAGCCAAGCAGGUUGAAGCUCACAUAGCCUUCUCGAGGGAUCAGGACCAUAAGGUGUAUGUCCAGCAUUUAAUCACCAAGAAUGGUGCUCAUUUGGCAAAGCUUAUCAAAGACCGGAAUGCGUUUAUUUACGUGGCUGGAAAUUCUAACAACAUGCCAAAGUCUGUAAGAGAGGCAUUUAUAGAGAUUCUCGAUGGCGAUGCGGAUUACGUGGAUCUGAUGAUCAAGCAGCGGCGAUAUCAGGAGGAGACCUGGGCGUAAAAGCUAUUUUAUUUGAGUAUAUCAUUCUAUUUGUACAGUUUUGGACGGAAAUUAUAUUGUUAAAAUCUAUAUAAGGCA